AUGAGGACCGCGGAGAGCCUGAACGGGCUUUCCGGGACAACAAACGAGGAGAACGAGCGACGCCAAGUUUGCAAAAUGCAGCAUCGAGCAGAAAUCAGUGAAGAAUCUCUGAACAAUCUACCCUACACUAAGGAAGAAGAGCCAGAGACAGUUCCCAUGAGAGAACUCCCCCACUUUAAAGAAGAGGAGGAGCCAGAACACCUCCACAUUAAAGAAGAAGAGCAGGAGGACCAAAUCGCCAACUUUCCAUUGACCGUCAUCGUGAAGAACGAAGAAGGCGACGUCGACCGCUCCGGAGGAUCCGAAUCGGACGGCCUCUUAGCGCCGCUCUCGGAUAGCGACGACGUCGCCUCGCCCUCGUCGGACACCGACGACCGCUCCGGACGCGACCCUGACGACAAGCGCGUCAGAUGUUCUCAAUGCGACAAAAGUUUUGUCAACAGGGGAUCGUUGAGGAGACACGCGCAAACUCACAGCGGAGAGAAAACAUUUGCCUGCCCGGUGUGUGACAAAAGAUUUUUGAGGAAGGAAAAUUUGAAAAGGCACGCCAGGACGCACACGAGAGAGCGACCGUUCGCCUGCUCCGUUUGCGGUCGCGGAUUCUCUUCGAAGGCGCAUUUGACGAACCAUUCCCGAUUACACAGCGGAGAGAAACCUUUCGUCUGCUCCGUUUGCGGCGAGGGCUUCCCUUUGAAGCAAUACUUAACGAGACACGCGAGGAAACACACGGGGGAAAAACCUUUCGUCUGCUCCAUUUGCGGUAAAGCUUAUUGCGAAAAGGUCAAUCUGACGAAUCACGUGAGAAAACACACCGGGGAAAAACCUUUUGUCUGCUCUGUCUGCGGCAACCGAUAUCUCGACAAGCGAUUUUUAACGUCGCACGCCAAAACGCACAGCGGAGAGAGACCUUUUGCCUGCGCGUCGUGCGGGAAGAGUUUCACGCAAAAGACACUUUUAAAAGUACACGCGCAAACGCACACCGGGGAAAAACCUUUUCCCUGCGCUGUUUGCGAGAAGAGAUUCUCUCGGAAGGAAGAUUUGAAAAGGCACACGAGAACGCACACCAGAGACGUCUCUUUUCCCUGCGCGGUUUGCGGCCGAAGCUUUACUCGCAAGGAACAUUUGCGGAGGCACGCUAGAAACCACGCGGUGCUGGACGUGCGUCCGAGCGCAGAAUGA